GUGUUUUUUAUUUUUUGCGAUAUUUUUAUGUAGACGAAGUGUUUGAUAGUUUUACUCAAUCAAGUGCGUCUAUUCAUUUAAUUAUGUUUAAAAUAGCGGCCGCUGUUUCAUUUAAUUUAUCUUUUUCCUUCUUUAUUAAAUGUGGGUACAUGUGAAAGGCUGAAAGGCAUUUGACUUGGGCUACAUACCCAAAGUUAAUUUCUCCAUUCUUAUAAAAGUUUACCCCUUCUGCAAGAUUCAAAUAUGCUACUUCAUAGUUGAAACCUUGAAGUUUUUAAUCGUUUAAGUGUCGCCUUGGUGACAAGAGUUUGAUUAAUUAUUGAGACUUGAGAGUGAACAGAAUAUAGGUAUUGAGGAACUUGUGAAGUGUACGUACUAGUAUCUGCAACAUCAUGGUUUCGGAAUAAAGAAACCACAAAUUAGGACAGACUGGUAAGGAAACAUUUACUUGGUGGAAUAGUUGGUGUUGGGUUGUAUUCUUUUCUUCCCUCUUUCUUUCCUUUUCUAUAGAAGGGUGUAAUUUAAAUUAGUUGAGGUUAGCAUGUAACUCUGUGAAGGAAGGAAGAUGCUGAAAAGGAAUAAUAUAGGUGGGAAAGGUGGUAUCAAUGCAUGGGAACACCUAUCCGAUUAGAAUAGAUAAACAGUUUCUAAGGUUUGACCAGCACUGCAUUUGUCAUAUUUUACAUCCCCAGCUGAUGUUAGCACCAAGUAAAUCAUUUACUUCUACCAAUCAGGAUUUAGAGAGAGAGAGAGAGAGAGAGAGAGAGCUUCCUUGGUCAACGCAUGCUGAGUACCAGCAAUGAAGAAAACCAUAGAAGACAUAUUCCAGCCUCACCAACAAGGCCUCCAUCAUUACGGACUCCUCUUCAUUCUUUUCUUCAUCCUCUAUGGGAUCCUUCUUAUUCUUUAUCGUUGGUUUCCUGUUCUUUCCUUCUGUCUAUGGUACUUCUUUCUCAGAAUUUGUCUACCCAAAUUUCAGUGCUUCAUACUUUCAUUUCAUUGACAAAGGUGGAGCAUUCUUGUUCUCUCGUAAUGGAACAUUCAAAGCUGCUAUCCAUAAUCCUGAAGCUCAAACCAACUUUUACUUGUGCGUUAUACAUGUUGAAUCCAAUACCAUCAUCUGGUCAGCUAAUCGUGAUUCUCCUAUCUCGAACUCUGGUAAAAUAAAUCUUACAAUCACAGGAAUUAGCAUUGCUGAUCCGGAUGGUAAUCUCAAAUGGUCAACUCCACAGUUACAAGCAACAGUUUAUGCCUUACUGCUGACUGAGAUGGGUAACCUUGUUCUGCUUGAUCAAUUUAAUGGUUCGCUUUGGGAGAGCUUCCACUAUCCAACAGAUACAAUUGUAAUUGGACAACAGCUUCCAGUUGGGGCAAAUCUGUCAAGUGCUGUAUCAGAAAAUAACUUGUCAGCUGGUGAUCACAGAUUCAUGAUUAGUGCUUCUGAUGCAAUAUUGCAAUGGCAUGGACAGGCAUAUUGGAAACUGUCAAUGGAUACCAAGGCCUAUAUGAAUUCAAAUUAUGUAGUGGAGUAUAUGGCAAUAAACAAAACAGGCUUUUAUCUCUUUGGUCACAAUGGAUCAGCUGUUGUAAUUCAGGUUAACUUGUUGCUGACCAGCUUCCGGAUUGCCAAGUUGGAUGUUUCAGGUCAGUUUACUGUGAGUAGUUUUUCUGGUGGUAAAUGGGUUCAGGAAUUUGUUGGGCCAAUUGAUGUUUGUCGAAUUCCAACCAUCUGUGGCAAAAUGGGAUUGUGUCUGGGUGACUCUACCUCAAAUGCCUCCACUUGUUCAUGUCCAUCUGAUUUCCAUUCAGCCUCACAUAAUAUUGAUGGUUGUUUGCCAAGUGAUCGUUCUUAUUCCCUACCGACUGCUUGUGAUUCAACCAAGAACUUUAGUGAGACAAAUUCUUCGGCUGUUUCAUAUCUGAGUCUAGGUUCUGGUAUGAAUUAUUUUUCUCUUGUUUUCUCUCAGCCUAUAAGAUAUGGUGUGAAUUUAUCAGUUUGUCAAGAUUUAUGCUUCGGGGACUGUGCUUGCUUGGGAAUUUUCUAUGAUAAUUCUUCUGGCUCUUGCUAUGUGCUUGAAAAUGACUUAGGCUCCAUCAUAUGGAGUGAUACAGUUGAAAAUGAUCUUUGGGGCUAUGUUAAAGUACUUUUUGGACCUACUUCAACAGAUUCCGGUGGCAACAAUGGUUUUAGCAAUCAAAGAAAAGAGUUUCCCAUAGCUGCUAUUGUGCUCUUACCUUUCACCGGGUUUUUUCUGUUAGCUGCUCUAGGAUUUCUCUGGUGGAAAAGAUUGAUACUAAACAGAACUGGAGAGAUAAAAUUGGGCCACCUAAACUCAGUUUCUUCAGGAGAUCUGGAUGCCUUCUACAUUCCAGGCUUGCCACAAAAGUUUGAUUAUGAAGAGCUAGAGGUGGCUACUGAUAAUUUUAAGACCAAAAUAGGGUCGGGUGGGUUUGGUGCUGUAUACAAAGGUACACUUCCUGAUAAAACCGUUGUCGCAGUCAAGAAGAUAACAAAUCCAGGCAUCCAAGGAAAAAAAGAAUUCUGUACAGAAAUUGCAGUAAUUGGAAAUAUUCACCAUGUCAAUUUGGUCAAAUUGAGAGGAUUUUGUGCCCAAGGGGGACAACGGUUCUUGGUGUAUGAGUAUAUGAACCGGGGCUCACUGGACCGAACCCUCUUUGGGAGUGGGCCGGUCUUAGAAUGGCAAGAGAGAUUUGAUAUAGCACUUGGAACAGCUCGUGGACUUACAUACUUGCACAGUGGCUGUGAACAUAAGAUCAUUCAUUGCGAUGUCAAACCAGAAAAUAUUCUCUUGCAUGAUCAUUUUCAGGCAAAGAUCUCCGAUUUUGGGCUCUCAAAGCUUCUAAGCCCUGAACAAUCCAGUCUGUUCACAACAAUGAGAGGCACUCGUGGCUAUCUUGCACCUGAAUGGCUUACUAACUCUGCGAUUUCUGAAAAAACUGAUGUUUAUAGUUUUGGGAUGGUACUGCUUGAAUUAGUGAGUGGAAGAAAAAAUUGCUCAUUGAAAUCACAAAGUCAUAGCAUCGAUGUUACCAACAGCGGUGGAGGCAACUCCUCGUCCUCGUCAGUGAUGGGAUUGGUUUACUUUCCACUAUUUGCACUAGAGAUGCAUGAACAAGGUAGAUACUUGGAUCUGGCAGAUCCAAGACUUGAGGGGCGGGUAACAAAUAAGGAGGUGGAGAAAUUAGUGCGUGUUGCUUUGUGUUGUGUUCAUGAGGAGCCAGCACUGAGGCCAGGUAUGGCCACUGUUGUUGGGAUGCUGGAAGGUGGGAUUCCUUUAGGUCAGCCUAGAGUGGAAUCCUUGAAUUUUUUGCGCUUCUAUGGCCGCAGAUUUACUGAGGCUUCCAUGAUAGAAGAGGAAAAUGGGAAUAGUGAUUUCAUGCUAUACCAACAGGCAAAUGCUUCUCAAAGCAGUACAACUGGCUCAAACACUUGCUUUUCUUAUGUCUCUUCACAACAAAUCUCUGGCCCUAGAUAAUGUGAAUUGUUGUGACUUGUGCAGUUCGUGUAUAGUAAUUGUUAGUGAAUGCGAGGGUGUAAGGUGUUUGUAAUUGGGAGCUAAACUUAGUCACUAUUCUCUGAACAAGAAUUGAGAAUAUUGUUGUAUGUCUCCUCAAAAAAUCCAAAUGCAAGGUGGAUGGUUGCCUGUAUUUCUAUUCGGGUUGUAUAAACUAUUUCCUUGAGUAAAUAUUAGGAUCAUCUGGAAAUCAGAUGUUUGUUUUGCC